AUGCGCUUCUCCCGUGUUUCGGUGCCGGGCAUCAAGCGUGUCAUCACCAUCUGCAGCGCCAAGGGCGGUGUUGGCAAGUCCACCACCUCAGUCAAUGUCGCUCUUGCGCUGAAGAACAUGGGACACAGCGUCGGCCUCGUCGACGCAGACAUAACAGGGCCGUCCAUCCCUACGAUGAUGGGGGUGGAAAGCUCCCAGGUCGAGACGUACCGCGUCGCCGGCAGCGAUCGUUUCGGUCCUCCCAUGAACUUCGGCGUGAGGGUGAUGAGCAUGGGGCUCAUUGUCCCGUAUGACGAGGCCAUCGCCGUGCGCGGGCCGAUGGUGAACAAGUACAUCCGCGCCCUGCUCUUCCAAACGGAUUGGGAGGAAUUAGACUACCUCCUCAUCGACAUGCCACCCGGCACCAACGAUGUGCAUCUCACGAUCACGCAGGAGGUCAUGCUCUCUGGCGCCGUGAUUGUCUCGACGCCGCAGAAGGUGGCACUCAUCGAUGUGCGGCGCGGCAUCGACAUGUUCGCGGCCGUCAACGCGCCGGUGCUGGGGCUUGUGGAGAACAUGAGCUACUUUAAGUGCGAUAGCUGUGACAAGCGGCAUUACAUCUUCGGCCGCGGCGGCGUGGCACGCGCGGCGGAGGAGCUGGGAGUGCCGUUUCUGGGUGAAAUCCCGUUCGUGAGCCGCAUUAUGCAGGACACCGACGAGGGCGUACCCCCAGCACUGCGCGGAGACGCGACGUUGGAGGCGGCGAAGCCGUACUACGAGCUUGCCGAGCGCAUCCACGCGGCGUUGGGCGAGAGCGAGAGGAACAAGGCUGGCGACGGCAGCGGGAAGGAUGACCGUCAACGCGCUCCUGCCCCCGAGCCGACUAUCGUAUUCGAGUGA